UACAUUUGAGAUUAUUGAAAGAGGAGUCCCUAGAGACCCACAAUCUGUAUAAUAAGUCAGGACUCUGGGACAAGUUAUUCUGUGUAUCUUUAUAGUAGUAGUCCUGGAAUUCAGGUCCUGAAAACUAAAGUAUAUAGAAUUUCCGAGCUGCUUGAACCCUGUUUGAACCUAGAAUAAUGUACUUCUCAAAAUCUGAGGCCUCCAGAAUUCACAGAUUGAGGUUGGCACCAUUUGCAGAGAGAAGCCUUCAGUAAUGUAUGGAAUCUACUGUAAUGGAAGAUGAUUGAAGACAAGGGACCUCGCGUUGCUGACUACUUUGUUGUGGCAGGAUUAACUGAUGUUUCAAAGCCUCUUGAGGAAGAAAUUCACUUCAAUGAUGCCUGUCAUAAAGUAGCUAAACCGAAAGAACCCAUCACAGAUGUUUCUGUUAUUAUUAAAUCCCUUGGGGAGGAAGUGCCACGGGAUUACAUGUGUAUUGAUGUCACCCCAACUGGACUGUCAGCUGAUCUCAAUAAUGGAAGUCUUGUGGGGCCACAGAUUUACCUCUGCUAUAGAAGAGGAAGAGAUAAGCCUCCACUUACAGAUCUAGGGGUUUUAUAUGACUGGAAAGAAAGAUUGAAACAGGGCUGUGAAAUUAUUCAGAGUACUCCCUAUGGGCGCCCUGCAAAUAUUAGUGGCAGUACGUCAUCACAAAGAAUUUAUAUCACUUACCGACGAGCCUCGGAAAACAUGACUCAGAAUACGUUGGCUGUCACAGACAUAUGUAUUAUUAUACCCAGUAAAGGAGAAAGCCCACCACAUACAUUCUGCAAAGUUGACAAGAAUCUCAAUAACAGUAUGUGGGGAUCAGCAGUGUACUUGUGUUAUAAAAAAUCAGUGGCAAAGACAAACACUGUAUCUUACAAAGCUGGUCUGAUUUGUAGGUAUCCUCAAGAAGAUUAUGAGUCAUUCUCAUUACCAGAAUCUGUUCCCCUAUUUUGUUUACCAAUGGGUGCAACUAUUGAAUGUUGGCCACCAAAUAGCAAAUACCCUCUCCCUGUGUUUUCUACAUUUGUGUUAACUGGAGCCUCAGCUGAAAAGGUCUAUGGUGCUGCUAUUCAGUUUUACGAACCAUAUUCUGAGGAGAAUCUCACAGAAAAACAGAGACUUCUUUUAGGUUUAGCAUCAUCAGCAGACGGAAAGUCUGAUAGUUCCAGAACAAUUCACACUAACAAAUGCAUCUGUCUUCUUUCUCACUGGCCUUUUUUUGAUGCAUUCAGGAAGUUUCUGACUUUUCUAUACCGUUAUUCCAUAUCUGGACCUCAUGUUCUUCCAAUUGAGAAGCAUAUUUCUCAUUUUAUGCAUAAAGUUCCUUUUCCAUCUCCUCAGAGACCACGGAUUUUAGUUCAGUUAUCACCACAUGAUAAUCUGAUUCUCAGUCAGCCUGUUUCUUCACCUCUUCCACUAAGUGGUGGCAAGUUCUCAACACUUCUUCAGAAUCUAGGCCCUGAAAAUGCUGUAACACUACUGGUGUUUGCAGUAACAGAACAUAAAAUCCUCAUCCAUUCCUUACGACCUUCUGUGCUUACGAGUGUGACAGAGGCAUUAGUAUCUAUGAUUUUUCCUUUCCACUGGCCGUGUCCGUAUGUUCCCCUCUGCCCACUGGCUUUAGCAGAUGUCUUAAGUGCACCAUGUCCGUUCAUAGUUGGGAUUGAUUCAAGAUACUUUGAUCUCUACGAUCCUCCACCAGAUGUCAGUUGUGUUGACCUAGAUACCAACACCAUUUCUCAAAGUGGUGACAAGAAAAAUGUAGCCUGGAAGAUACUUCCAAAGAAGCCAUGCAAAAAUCUGAUGAACACAUUGAAUAACUUGCACCAGCAACUGGCAAAAUUGCAGCAGAGACCACGAGAUGAUGGGCUGAUGGACUUAGCAAUGAACGACUAUGACUUUAAUUCUGGGAAGAGGUUGCACAUGAUAGAUUUGGAAAUUCAAGAGGCAUUUUUGUUUUUCAUGGCCUCUAUUUUAAAAGGCUAUAGAUCAUAUUUAAGACCAAUAACACAAGCUCCUUCGGAAACAGCCACAGAUGCCACCUCUCUUUUUGCCCUUCAGGCUUUCUUAAGAAGCCGGGACCGGUCACAUCAAAAAUUUUACAAUAUGAUGACCAAAACACAAAUGUUUAUUCGCUUCAUUGAAGAAUGCUCCUUUGUCAGUGAUAAAGAUGCAAGCCUGGCAUUUUUUGAUGAUUGUGUAGACAAAGUGGAUAUGGACAAGAGUGGUGAAGUGCGACUUAUAGAACUGGAUGAAUCUUUCAAAAGUGAACACACUGUUUUUGUAACGCCACCCGAGAUUCCCUAUCUGCCCAAUGGUGAAGAACCCCCUUUGCAGUACAGCUAUAAUGGAUUUCCAGUUCUUAGGAACAAUUUAUUUGAGAGACCAGAAGGAUUUCUGCAAGCUCGAAAGAACAAACUGCCUUCAAAAUCAAGUAGUCCUAGUAGCCCUUCUCCCAUGUUCAGGAGAACAAAACAGGAAAUUAAGUCAGCCCAUAAAAUUGCCAAGAGAUAUUCUUCCAUCCCUCAGAUGUGGUCCAGGUGUCUGUUGCGUCACUGUUAUGGAUUGUGGUUUAUUUGUCUCCCAGCUUAUGUGAAAGUAUGUCAUUCAAAAGUCAGGGCUCUGAAAACAGCCUAUGAUGUGCUAAAAAAAAUGCAAUCCAAGAAGAUGGAUCCACCUGAUGAGGUGUGCUACCGCAUUCUUAUGCAGCUCUGUGGACAGUAUGAUCAGCCAGUGCUUGCCGUGCGCGUGCUGUUUGAAAUGCAUAAGGCUGGCAUUGACCCCAAUGCCAUUACUUAUGGUUAUUAUAAUAAGGCUGUUUUGGAAAGUACCUGGCCUUCAAGAAGUCGUAGUGGCUACUUUCUUUGGACAAAAGUAAGAAAUGUUAUUUUAGGAGUAGCACAGUUCAAAAGAGCUUUAAAGAAACAUGCACACUUAUCACAAACAACUCUCUCAGGUGGUCAGUCUGAUCUGGGAUAUAAUUUAUUGACUAAGGAUGAAAUUAGAAGAGGGAAUAUAUCUGCUGAGGACAUUUUGGAAGAAAAAGACAAAAAAGGGAGUGAUUCUGGUUCCUUAUCAGAGAGCGAGAGUACAAAAGGAAGUACUGAUUGUCUUCCAAAGAUCAAUCUGCAAAGUUCUUCCAAUAUUGUUCGCCUCAAUGGUACAGGUAACAACAAUGCUGAUAAAAUAUCAGGAGAAAACAGGGAAAACACACCUGAAAUGCUCUUAAGAUCAUCUCUUGAGGAUACAAAUGAAACAGGAAACAUUGAAAGUAGAUGCUUCAGGAAAAGACAUAAAAGUGACAAUGAAUCUAAUUUGCAGCAGCACAUGGCUUGGGGAAAUAGAAACCGUAAUCUUAGUGGAGGGGUACUGAUGGGAUUUAUGCUCAACAGAAUUAAUCAGGAAGCAAAUCCUGGCGAUAUAGUUGAAAAAUUAGGAGCUGAUGCAAAAAUUCUUUCAAAUGUUAUUACAAGAAAUAGAAGACCAAAUAGUCUUGAUAUUGGGAAGCCACCUUUAAGAUCUAAAAGAGACAGUCUAGAAAAGGAAUCUAGUGAUGAUGACACACCUUUCGAUGGUGCGAAUCGCUUGGCUGAUAAGGUGGAUUCUCCUGUUAUUUUUGACUUGGAGGACUUAGACAGUGAAACAGAUGGAUCCAAAGUGGGAUAUGUUGCCGCACAGCAUCCCAAGAGAAUUCAGCGAAUGAACAGCAGCUUCUCAGUGAAACCUUCUGAAAAAACUGAUGUUGCAGCAGGAUUUGAUCCCCUCUCUCUUUUAGUUGCUGAGACCGAGCAGCAGCAAAAAGACGAGGAAGAGGAGGAUGAAGAUGAUAGUAAAAGCGUGUCAACACCAUCUGCAAGGCGUGAUUUAGCUGAAGAAAUUGUGAUGUAUAUGAAUAACAUGAGCAGUCCUUUGACAAGUCGAACACCAAGCAUUGAUUUACAACGGGCCUGUGAUGAUAAAUCUAACAAUAAGAAAAGCCCAACACUGGCCAAGGCCUGCAGAAGAUGUAGCUUACCUCCUAAUUCUCCAAGGCCACCCAGACUCACCAAAUCUAAAAGUUACACAAAAAGUGAGGAGAGACCACGGGAUAGACUGUGGUCUUCUCCAGCCUUCUCGCCUACUUGCCCUUUUAGAGAAGAAUCUCAAGAUGCAUUAACCCAUUCAGCACCUUCGUUUAAUUUAGAUACACUACUGGUACCUAAAUUAGAUGUUCUAAGGAAUAGUAUGUUCACAGCUGGAAAAGGAGUUGCAGAGAAAGCAAGCAAAUGGUAUUCAAGAUUCACCAUGUAUACCACAUCAUCCAAGGAUCAAAGUUCUGAUCGUACCAGUCUUUCUUCAGUGGGAGCCCAGGAUUCUGAAUCUACCUCUUUGACAGAUGAAGAGGUCGGCCGCGAGCUGGAAGGAGCCUCUUCCUCCCAAGAGAGCAGUGCCACGUCAGGGACCAAGGGAACUGAGCUCAGCCGAACAAGCCUGGGAAGCUCUGCCUCCUUAGAAGGAUCCCUGUCAAAAUUUGCUUUACCUGGGAAGUCAGAAGUAACAUCUUCAUUCAACAUGAGUAAUACCAGUCUCUUCCAGAACUAUGCAAUGGAGGUUCUCAUCUCAAGUUGUUCUCGGUGUAGAACUUGUGAUUGUCUUGUACAUGAUGAGGAAAUCAUGGCCGGCUGGACAGCAGAUGAUUCAAAUCUCAAUACCACAUGCCCGUUCUGUGGUAACCUUUUCCUACCCUUUCUGAAUAUUGAAAUCAGAGACUUAAGACGACCUGGGAGGUACUUUUUGAAGUCAAGUCCAUCUACAGAAAAUAUUCGUUUUCCAUCCUCCUUUUCAAGCCAAACAAGGCAGUCUUGCCUUUCAACAUCAGCCUCCGGUCUUGACACAUCCACUAUCUCUGUUCAAGGACAUUUUGACCUAAACAGCAAAUCUAAACUGCAGGAAAACUCCUGUGCCCGAAGUAUUCAGAUCCCUGCUGACAGAUCAAAGGCAACUGUGUCAAAAUGCCCAGUCUUUCCAAUGGCCCGAAGUAUCAGUGCCUGCAGCCCCUUGGACAAGGAGGAGGCUGGUGGGCAGAAGCUCAUUCCCACAGGCAGCCUGCCGGCUACUUUACAAGAAGCCACAGAUUCUUUAGGAUUAGAAUGGCACCUGCCCAGCCCAGAUCCUGUCACUGUUCCAUAUCUUAGUCCUCUAGUGGUCUGGAAGGAACUAGAAAGCUUAUUGGAAAAUGAAGGCGAUCAUGCCAUAACAGUGGCCGACUUUGUGGACCAUCAUCCGAUUGUGUUUUGGAACCUGGUGUGGUAUUUUAGACGUCUUGACUUGCCCAGCAACUUACCUGGAUUGAUUCUUUCUUCUGAGCAUUGUAACAAGUAUUCAAAGAUUCCCCGCCACUGUAUGUCUGAAGACAGCAAGCAUGUUUUAAUACAGAUGUUAUGGGACAAUAUGAAAUUACAUCAGGACCCAGGACAGCCCUUGUACAUCCUCUGGAAUGCCCACAGUCAAAAUCGCACUCUUUUGUUUGAGACCCAAAAGUAUCCCAUGGUCCAUUUAUUGCAAAAGACUGAUAGCUCAUUUAGCCAAGAGCUGUUGAAAAAUAUAGUUAAAAGCAUUAAAAUGAAUGAUGUCUAUGGACCAAUGAGUCAGAUUUUGGAGACACUGAAUAAGUGUCCACACUUUAAAAGACAGAGGAGUUUAUACAGAGAAAUACUGUUUCUGUCACUUGUGGCCCUGGGAAGAGAAAACAUCGACAUAGAUGCAUUUGAUAAGGAGUACAAGAUGGCCUAUGACCGUCUGACACCGAGCCAAGUCAAGAGUACACACAACUGUGACAGACCACCGAGUACAGGGGUGAUGGAGUGUCGGAAAACCUUCGGAGAACCUUAUCUCUGAGCUGUGUGUGCAGGUGUAAACAUUUGCUACAUGUUGUACAGUUGGUGUAUAAAGCAACGCUUUUAGACUCUAAACCUUUCUCUUCCAUUUUUGAGAAUGCUUUUGUAAAUGCUCUGGAAGGCUCAGGUAGUUUCUGUACAGAAUGCUGUGAGAACAGUGACCAAUAAGGAGAGAGCCACUUUUUUCCCGGUUCUUUUUUUUUUUCUUACCUUUUAUCUCUCCUGUAAUAAAGAAUUAAGUAUUUUUGUGCUGAGGAAAUCCCUAAAUGAAACUAGUUGCCAUAAAAUAAUAAGACAGCUGUAUUAUGGUUUCUCUUAAAGCAGGUGGGGAAAAAAAAAAUCAUGUAUGGAACUCGACAGAAAUGUUAAGACCGGAGUGUCUCCUGUUUUCAUAGCCCAUUAAGAUAUUUUGACCAUGAAGUUGUAUUAUACAUAUUUUAAAUUGUUUAUAGUAAGUUGAUAUUUUUUUAAUUUUUAAAUUUAAUAUAGCAAAGUUAAAAUGAAUUUAAGCUGAUGAAGCAUUUAGUUUCCUUGUCGGCUUCUCUUCGGAGUGAUCCGUACAGCUGCAGAUCUCUGUAUGUGCGUACGUUUGUCUCGCUAUGUAUCUUUUACGACUUGGCAGAGUGAGCUUUCCAGUGUCAGGCCUGGUGUCAGCAUGGCUCGGGGACCGCCUGCCUGCAGCGAGUCGUGGCAGGGUCAGUGUGCACCGGCCACCCGACGCGUUGAGCCCAGGGAGAGGAGAGCCAGAGAGGUAUCCUAGGCCGUGGCUACAGAAUCCUCUCGGUGGCUCAUGAAAACACACCACACACAGCAAAAAGAACAGCCUCCAAACCCAAAUGACAGUGGAAACAUGAAUAUUCUGCACAAAAUUCUACACUGGGAAGUAAGACAGUUGGCUCUACUCCAGCUUUUACGCUUGCUUUGAUGUCUAAAAUACUGGGUGUGACACAACUUGUACUAUAGAAUAUUUAUCUGAAAUAUAACAGACUCUGGAGUGUUCUGUUAAUAGUAUAUAUAAAUAUUAAAAUAUUUUUUUCAAUGAGAGCCCUCUAAAAGUAUAUAACCAGAUGGAAUUUCCCAUAUUGAGGAACUUAGAUAUUUUUUAACAGACUUCAGUAUCUGAAGUUUGUAAGAAUCUGAAUACAGGAACAUCCAGAAAUCAGAUAAUAAAUUGAAUGUUUAAACAUCAUGGGUAUUAAACAUUUCUUUAAAAAUUUUAGUUGCAUCACUUCUAAUCACUUUCUUUGGGUAAUUUCUGAGAAAGGAAAUGCAUCGCUUGGCCGUUGGAGUUAUUUAUACAUUUUCAGUGUGUGUGUGUGUUAAUGUACACAGUGUCACUAACGGAGGUAUUCUCUAGCCAGUUUUAAAGACAGAAAAAAAUUAGUAGCUUCAAGUUCAGCCUGUAAGCCAGUUUGAGUCCACAGCUUUUUAGACUGGAGACACAAGGGAGUCCUGAAACUUAAAAUCAGGUCAUCUGCCAAAAAAAAAAAAAAAAAAAAAAAAACCACUUUUGAGUUCACACUAUUAGUGAAUAGCACCCAGCUGAAACAUUGCACAGCUUUCUACUCUGGGAAAUAAUAGAGAGUUGAACAAUGUAAAACUUCAAUUCAGUUGGGACUGAACUUGCUUACUUGAAAAUUCUGGUGCUAUGCACACGUCUGCCUCCCCCGUGUACGUAUGGUACCCCUCCAGUCUGCUUCCUCUUCCCUCAUCUGACCCAAGCCACACGUGUCAUUCAUUCUCCUGUUCUCUGAGUCAUUUGACUGUGAUCAACUGAGAGAAAGAUUGUUAGGGGACCAUUUAGCAUUGACCAUAAAAAUGCCUCCAAAUGGGAUUCUGGGGUUCUCUUCUAAUUUUGGGUUGUUGUUUAUUUUUUAUUCUCAUAGACAGCUUGCACUGUUGUUUACUUUUUCUAAAACACAAAUACUAUGUAGAAGUCAUAGUUUAUUUGAAAUGUGUGUCGAAGAGCGAGACAACGCUCAUCGUUUAUGCUCAGAAUCAUUUGGAACAAUGAUUGUGUCUUCCCUCACCCUGAAUUUUGCUUGGAUAGGAUCAUAUUUCCCAUAUUUUUAAUCACCAAGGAAUAGAUCUUUAAUCCUAAACCAUGCACAGAAACUGAUAAAUCCUUCCCAAGAGAAAAUUAAAACCCAAUUCAUCUUUUUCUUAAAA